AUGGGUGUAAUAGGAUUUCAAUUUUUAUUAAUAUGGUCAGAUAUAUUAUCAAUUAUUUUAUGGUCUUUAUACCUAUUAUUUACAAUAUUUAUGUUUUUAAAAGUUUCAUUUGGAGGCUAUGGUAAUUCAACAAUAUAUAAAUUACCAAUUAUAGGUAAUCUAUCAGAACAAAAGGCAAAAUUAAGAUCACAGGAAUAUUCAAGAUAUUUUAAAUACCAUGAAGAUUUAUUUAUUAAAGAAUUAAGAGAACAUAAACAAGCAUUAAUUCAUCAAUCAAAUUUAAAUAGAAAUAAUAAUAAUAGUAAUAAUGUAAAUAAUAAUGGCCAUCAAAGAAUUAAUUCAAAUUCAAGUAGUGUAGUGAUGAGUGGUGAUGUUGAAUCAAUGUUAAAUAGCAGUGGAAGUAAUAGUAGUAUUUAUUCUGAUGUUCAAAAUGAUAUUGGCACCAAUGAGGAAUAA